GAUCCUUAUGAGAAGAAAACAUGUCUUCUCUGGUGUUGUCAGAGGGAUUAUCAAUAUGGCUGACAUGUGUCUGCAUCUGGAUCUUUUCUGGCUCAGGGUGUCAUGGCCAGCAGACUGAACACUGGGCGUAUGUCAACGUACGAGACAAGGCACAUAUGUUUUACUGGCUGUACGAGUCCCCAACACCAGGCACUAAUGUACCACUGAUCAUGUGGUUACAGGGUGGACCAGGAGGAUCAUCUACGGGAUUCGGUAACUUUAAAGAGAUAGGACCAUUGGAUGUUGACCAGAAGCCUCGCAACACAACAUGGCUGUCAGCAGCCAGCCUCCUGUUUGUAGACAACCCUGUGGGAACUGGCUUCAGCUAUGUUGACACACUUGAUGCCCUUACGACCGACGUUAACAUGAUAGCAGAGGACAUGCUUGUCUUAUUGAAGUCCUUCUUCAUGGAGUCAAAAUGGGGCAUCAAGUAUCAGCACACUCCCUUCUACAUAUUUUGUGAGUCUUAUGGAGGAAAGAUGACAGCUGCUAUCAGUCAAGUCCUAUAUCAAGCCAUUCAAAAUAAAGAACUGUCAUGUGAUUUCAAGGGUUUGGCCCUUGGAGACUCCUGGAUCUCCCCAAUAGACUCCAUGUUGAAUUGGGGUCCCUAUUUACAUACAAAUUCAAUUGUAGAUAACCAAGGCCUGUACAGGAUUAAUGCCUCAGCUUACCAAGCAUUAGACUACAUCCAGUCUGGUCAGUGGACAAAGGCAACUGACCAGUUCAGUGAAUGUGAAAAUGUCAUCUUGGAGAAUUCCAAUGGAGUUAAUUUCUACAACAUUCUGAAGUGGGGGGCUGACGAAGCACAAGAAAGUAACCUUCUGCAAAGGAGACACUCUGGAGGAAAAGUAUUCGAACCAAGAAUAUUGAAUGUUUUGCAAACGGACAAAUUGUCAGCAUUGAUGAACGGACCUAUCAGAAAAAAGCUGAACAUCAUCCCACAGCAAGUUCAGUGGGGAGGUCAGAGCGAGAAAGUGUUUCAGCAUAUGAUGGCAGACUUCAUGAAACCUGUGGUUGACAUUGUCAAUAACUUAAUUGAGAAGACACCCCUGCAUGUGGUUGUGUAUACUGGACAGUUGGACCUGAUCUGCUGUACCCCAGGAACAGAGAAAUGGAUCGAAAGUCUGGAUGUCUAUCCCAAAUUUCUUACUGCCAAGAGAACAAGUAUACCAGAUCCUGUGACUAACCUCACCUCAGGGUUCGUGAAAACUUACAAAAACUUCUCCGUGUACUGGAUUCUGGGAGCGGGACACAUGGCUCCCCAGGACAAUGGAAAUACAGUGUUGGCUAUGGUCAAGAGAGUGAUAUCAACACCUGUCCAUCCUAAUCCCUAUCAGGGGCUGUUUCUGGAUCUAGAGGCAUGGAUUCUUCACUGGAUAAAGAAAGUGUGAUAAACUUAACCUCACAUUUAAAUGCUUUUAUAAAGCUUGUCGCAACAUUAUGACUGUGAAUUGAAAAUUGCCUACAGAAGACCCGACUACAUAACUACUGUCAAGUUCCCUUUUUCUUAUUGUGGUCUGUAAUUUUAAUGGUCAAUUUCAGAAGAUUUUUAUUUUGCAAAUUUUAGGUCUAGUGCAGUGGCUAAUAAUUGGCAAAAAUUUCAAACGUAAGGAUGGAUUAAUGUUAUUAAUUUUGCGACUUAUUUUGUGAAAACUAAAACCAUGAAAAUAAACCCUUACAGUGUCAAAAAUUGAGUUGGCAACACAAAUUCUUGACAUAUGAAAUUUGAUGAUGAGAAUGAAAAUUGAAUUCCGAUUCAAACUUUGUUAAAUUAAUCACAAACUCUAUCCUGAAAUACUCGCACUAAUUGUUUGCAUUACUGUGAUAUCUGUAGACUUUUCUGCUCCAGGUUUGUCAAUUAUUAUGUUUACCUAAAUCAUACAAGAGCAAAAAUGUAUAAAUGUUUUAUAUUAAGAAUAAAUUUGUACCUCACCUCGCACAAAAUGCCUGGGAAUUUGGUGGUGCCCUGUAUAGCUGUCAUUUUUUUUUAUUUGAACAGCUUAAGUCUUAAAAUUCUUCUUUCUUCAGUAGGUACCUUGGACGAGUAAUAUAAAGCUCUCAUAUAAGUAAACUUGAUUUACUUACUAGGUCAUAGAGAUAAAAUGUUGUUUAUGAUAUUUUAGGCAGAGGGUAUCUGGGGUGUAUUGCUAUAAAGUUCCCUCACAAGUGAACAUUACAUACAUUCAAGGACAAAUGGUUUAUUAGCUCACCUGACCGAAGGGCAAGUGAGCUUAUGCCAUGGUGCGGCGUCCGUCUGUCCGGCGUCAACUU